AUGCUGUUAAGAAGGUUUGAUGAAAUCCGGGAGGAAAAUUUAAGACACAGGCCAGUGUCAGCUUUGGUUAAAGCUUUAAUCACCGCUCCGCCAUAUGGUCACAGAAAAGGAUGGAUUCCCCAGAACGUAAACGACUACGGAAAUGGAGGUGCCUUUCCAGAAAUACACGUACCUCAAUAUCCUUUGGAAAUGGGUAAAAAAGGCAAAGAUACAUCUAACGCCUUGGCAAUUCAGUUGGACGCCGAGGGAAGAAUAAAAUACGACCUUAUUGCCCGACAAGGUCAUUCUAAAGAUAAAAUCGUAUAUAGUAAACUAAGUGACUUAUUGCCCUCGGAAAUAGCCAACGAAAAUGACUUGACUCUUGUACGACCUAGCGAGGAAGAACUUGAGGAAAAUACCGAGAGAACUCGCAAAGCACUGGAGAAAAUCACGCAGUCAAAAAUAGCAGCUGCUAUGCCGGUCCGUUGCGCUGACAAGCAAGGUCCAGCACAGUAUGUUCGAUACACACCAUCGCAGCAAGGACAGUCGUUCAACUCUGGCGCUAAACAACGUGUUAUUCGGAUGGUCGAAGCUCAAGUAGAUCCUAUGGAGCCACCCAAGUUUAGGAUCAACAAAAAAAUACCUCGAGGACCGCCAUCUCCACCAGCACCAGUUAUGCAUUCUCCAACUCGUAGAGUUACUGUCAGAGAGCAAAAGGAGUGGAAGAUUCCACCGUGUAUCAGUAACUGGAAAAACGCAAAAGGUUACACCAUUCCGUUGGACAAACGUCUAGCUGCUGAUGGACGGGGUCUGCAAUCAGUCUUUGUAAACGAAAACUUUGCCAAGCUUGCUGAGGCUUUCUAUAUUGCCGAUAGAAAAGCGACUGAAGCUGUGGAACUGCGCGCCAAGCUAGAAAAGAGAUUGGCUCAAAAAGAAAAAGAAAAGAAGGAAAAUCAUCUUCGUGAGCUGGCUCAGAAGGCUCGUGAAGAGCGGGCUGCAUUGAAGGCUUCUGCGGCUUUGGAAAAAUCCGAAGAGUUUGAAGAAAGGAACCAACUGAGACAUCAAAGGCAUCAAGACCGUGCACGUGAUAGGAAUCUUGCUCGAGCUGCUCCAGAUAGAAGAUCCAGGCUUCAACGGGAGCGUGAACGUGAUAUUAGUGAGCAAAUUGCUCUUGGUAUUCCGGCUAAAAACAUCGAUGCUAAUAGUGAUAGUCAAUUUGAUCAACGUCUAUUUAAUACUACAAAGGGAAUCGACACCGGGUACGGCCCUGAUGAUGAGUACAACGUUUACGAGAAACCUUGGAAGGACUCAAACACAUUGGCAUCUAAUAUAUACAGAGCUCCUACAAAUUUUGAUAAAGAUAACUAUGGAGAAGAGUUGGAAAAAAUAUUUAAGACUAGUAGAUUUGUACCAGACAAGGAAUUCACCGGUACUGAUCGCUCGGCACAGCGCACUGGCCCAGUGCAGUUUGAAAAAGACCAGGAAGAAGAGGAUCCUUUUGGGCUUGACAAUUUCUUGCGUCAAGCCAAACGAGCCAGCACUGACGAGAAAGAUCGGCGAGACGAUCGUGAAAAACGCCGGAAAUAUUAA